CCACCGAGAUACACGUUAAAGCGUGUGUGAGGGAGUAUGGUGACGUCACAAUACUGCACACGUUGCAGCGCGUCGAUCACAGCCAGACUCGCCUCUCCCGCUCAACAGAUAUAAGACAAAACGCGCGCCUCGCUGCCUCAGUCUGAAGCCUUCCAAGGUGGCAUACUAGUCUGUAUCCGUGCCUCUAUAUGAGACAAACUCCGCAGCUAUAUCUGGAGAACACCCUCUCGUUUACAUUUUCGCUAUCAGUGGUAAGAGGUGUUGUGUAUGUGGUAAUAAAAUAGGCCACGAAACUACUGCUUACCUUCCACUAGUUCAUCUACUAACUUACUGCUGUACUAUUGUGUAAUGCAACAUUCAAGAUCAAAUCAAUAAACCCAUCAGCACAGUAUUUACUGUAGGUCAGCUGGUGUACAGCGACUGUGACAGGAGUGACCUUGAGCGACCAGUCAUCUGCCAGAGGAGUGAGUGUAGCUGACGCAAUGGCUCCCAACACUUCACAGGAGGCGCAUCAUACAUUUGAUGAGGUUAAACGGGUCACUAGCCUGAUGGUAGCAGCUCAAGACAACAGUGAUGAGGACCAGCUAAAGGUUACAAGACAACUAAGGAUCCUCUUGACAUCACCCUUCUAUUUACAGUACAUCAACCAUGUGCUCCAGACUCUGUCUCUGUCCCGAGUUGUUAGGCUCCUCGAUAAUGAUAACAACUGGGAACUGCAGAAUGAAGCAGCGUGGAUACUUUGCAACAUAGCAGCCGGCAACAGAUUACAUACCCAGGCUGUAGUAGAUGCUGGAGCUGUGCCCAUCCUUAUAAGACUCCUCAGUUCCCAGUCUACUGAGGUACUCAUUACGGCUGUCUGGGCCCUGGCCAAUGUUGCUGGAGGCUCCCCAGCCAAUGUGAACGUGAUACUGGCCGAGGACAUCUUCACACCUCUCUUACAGAAGAUUGAUAUGCGUCACCACACUUUGGGAAUAACAGUGUCAUGGUUUCUGAAGAACAUAUGUCAAGGAAAAGAUCCGGUUCCCGCCUUUAGUCAACUAGUACCAUGCCUGCCACUGAUCUGCCGCCUCAUCUUCCACACUGAUGAUCAAGUAGUAGACGACGCAUGCGAGGCCUUCGUUUGCUUCGGUGUUGCACACACACACAGGUUCUUGGCCGCUUUACACCCUACAUUCUGUUCCAGAAUUGCUGAUCUUCACAAGUCAAAGCCUCACAGACAUUCGAUAGCAGAAGCUGUUAAAACGUUAGAAAAACUGGAAGGGAUGAGCGAUGCACACGAGAAGGUGACUACAACUCAUGACUCUGCAGAUAAACAGACAUACAGACAAGACUCGAGUCCUCUCUCAUGUAGCGCGUGUACACCAGGAACACCAAAAAAUUCUUCAAUAACAAAAGAUUUUCAAAAACCAGCCAAAAGGAGAUCAAGAAACCCAUCACCUGUGGGUGUGUCUACCAGAACAACAGCAAAAAUAUUUAGAUCAUCACCUGAUGUGUGCAACAAAGCUGCCUACAGACACAGAGUCAUAAAAACUCGAGCCUCAGCACGUAAACUAUUUAAGAUUGCUCCAGAUCACUCGGCAGCUAAUAUCUACCAGAAACAGGCAGAAGUAUUCAAGGCAGUGGAGGCUGGGGACUUGGAGAACGUGGAGGAGCUUCUACACGACACAGGACCAGCUGUCAUUACAGCGCAGACUGGAUGUACUCUGCUGCACGCUGCAGUAGCUAACAACCAACCACAUGUGGUGCUGUUUCUCCUAAAGUUGAUUAGUCCCAAUAUAGUUAAUAAAGAGGGCCAGACUCCAGCUCACGUGGCCGCCAUGAAGGGACACACUCAAGUGUUGAGGAUUUUGUUGUCUGACAAGGAAUUGAAACACGACAAACAAGACAACUGCUACAUGACUUACAAGGAGUUGCUUGCUGCACCAUUAUUUGAGGCAGUGUUGCAUUGGGAUGCAAAUAAGAUAGACGAACUGAUAAAGCUUGGUGCUGACCCAGACUACCACGUUGGUCGGCUUGUGGAUGGGGUGUUGGCACGGGAGCUACGUGUCACCACAGCUCGUCAGCUGGCCCACGCCUUACAACGUGAUGCCAUCGUCCCCAUGUUUCCCCAGAGAAAUACAGUAGAUAUGAAGAACAAUAAUUGCUGCAAAAGAAGUUAUGAACUACUCAUCGGUGACUCGCCACAACUUGCCAACACCAAGAAACGAGUAAGGGUUUCACCACAAGUGUCGAUACCAGACGUGUACAAAAUGGACACAGAUCCCAGGGGAUAUGUUUGUGUACUCAAUUAUAGCUCCUUCAAGGACCGACCUGACCUGGCCCUUGAGGGCUCCCACUCUGAUGUCACCAACCUGACAAAUGUCUUCAGCAAAAUGGGGUACACUGGUCACGCAUACACCUCUUUGUCAGCAGAGAAGACCAAGCAAGUGCUGACCAAAGUGAGGGACAUGGAGGUGUUGGACCACGUUGGCUGUGCUGUUUUCAUUAUUUCCAGUCAUGGCAUUGGUAACGAAAAGUUCUUAACUGGUGACAUGAAGCUUUUGACAACCGAAUGGGUAUGUGACCUCUUUAAAGAUUCAGAAUGUACCCGGUUGAAAAACAAACCUAAGCUGUUUAUCUUCGACUUUUGUUGUGGUUUCUACCAGAACAAAUCUCAUCAAGUAAGCAUAGGCAAGUGUAGGAGGGUGGAAGAACCUCUGCAGGAUACGAUGUGCCUUUACUCUAACGGUGGAGACAUCAUGUCUUAUUCCAUCAACAAGGAGGGGACUCCAUUCAUCACAGCCUUGUGUCGCACCCUGGCUCAUCACGCUCACCACAUGGAGUUUGGUGAUUUGUACAGGGAGUUACUUAAUGAGCACACCAAGACUUUCUCCCCUUCUACACCACAUCUCCGCAACUUUAGCUUCAAGAAGAAGUUCUACUUUAGCUCUGUGUUUCAUUCUGAUGGAGAACAGCCACAUUAAGGAGCUUUUGUUACUUGUUUAGAAUUUCUUCAAGAAGUCCAUCAAAACAUUUCCAGCAGCUGCAUAAUAAACAACACUAACUCUAUCACGAAGAUCUGUUUCACUCGCAGAAAAAAAAACGCAGUACAUCGACUGAUAAAAGUAUGUCGUUUGCAGUUAUUGUUAUGACUUACCACCAAAAACAGUACAGUAUUACGCUAAUGUUACAGUAUAUCGUUUACUUAUGUGUCAUAGAGCUUUUUAUUACAUGCAUGUCAUGUUCUGUUAUAAUAGCGGAAUCAUUAUCUUGUCCAGGCCUGAUAUUUGAAUGGGAAAUAUUAAAUUACAUGAAGUCUCACAUGUUAUGAAUUUUAGUAUGUUUUUAAGGAUUUAUCCUCGCCUGGCCACCUAUUUUUACUGUUGUAAAUAUUAUUAAUAUAAUAUAAUCUAGUCACUAAUGAUCCUUAUUUAUAUAUAUAUAGUUAUAUAAAAGAUAAAAUGUAACUUUAC